AUGGAGGAACCGAUUGAAGCUAUAGCACUAUGGGAGUUGGGCUAUUCGAAGGAAACUGCCGGUGCUAUGACCGACGCGAUCAAAUAUUACCGUAAAGCAUUAAGGAUGAAUCCGGACGUUGAGAAACUAUAUAGAAAGAAGAUGCAUGAUGAAUGGCGGUUAAAUGAAGAGAUGAAAAAGCUUAAGCUCAAUUCUAAUGUCAAUAUUGUUGAUGGUUCAUCGGAAACUGAUCCGGACGGCAGAAAAGAGGAAACUGAAGGACUUUCUCAAACUGAAGACCUUGUUGAACUUCCCUGCUGGAUUUUGGAUAUGCUCCCUGACGAUAUAUUAUCCAUGAUUAUAGACAUGGUUGUGUUAAGCUCAGCAGACUCGUGGAUGAACCUAUCUUUGACUUGUAAAAAGUUUAAUUUGCUAUGCUUCCACGAUUCCUCACCGUACCGGACUUUCGCGGAAUACAUCUAUAAGAAGCAAGUAUACAACGAAAAUGAGAUGAGGCUAAACGGUAUAUCAGAUAUACAAGCACUAGCAGAAACCGUAUGGGGUCAAAAUUAUAGAAAGAUGCUAAAGGAACGGCCGUAUAUCAAGUUCCAUGGAAUAUAUAUCAGUGUGGUGAAUUAUUUGAGGCACGGAUCGAUCCCGGAAGGAUCAUCUUCGCUGUUGAACCCAAUCCACAUGAUCACUUAUUACAGGUACUUCAGAUUCUAUCCAGAUGGAAGAUGCAUUAGAUUAUUGACUACUGACGAACCAAAUAUAGUGGUACCUGGUUUCUCUUUAGAAAGAUGUUCUGAAAGAAAAGACUCAGAUAUAUGUUCGUGGUCCCUGUCAUUAGACGACGGCCUUGAUCAGUUGACAAUCAAGAGGAAUAGAAGAAAAGAUGGGCUUGAAUUUAACGAGAUCUUGAAAAUCUCAAACAGAGGUCACAAGAAGUUCAGCAAGUUGAAAUGGAUUGCUUCUUCUGCAACGAGGCAAGACGGCACAACAAUGCAGUUCUCAUUGAGCAAAGAAAAACCAUUUCAUUUCUCGAAGGCGAAGUCAUACCGUGACUGCUAG